CUCACGCCGAGAGUAUCUGCUAGUCAUACGCUGGCCCGUUGCGAGCCCGCCGAUAUACCGCGCCUCUGUCGCUAGCUUUGCUCGCCUACGUGCACGCUUUCCUCGUUAUAUCGUGAUUACUGCGUGUCGCGUUGACCCAGUUAAAGCGCGCGUAUGGUUGGUAUCGCGGUUGCCUCUCAACGCGUGUGCGUUUCCGCGAAGAAUUUCUAGAAAAUUAUUAUCCGAAAAAACAAUAUCAUCAUUUAACUCAUUUUCCUGAUGCAGCGGAAAGAACAGUGGUCGAAGAGUGACUUUGCGUAAGGCGUUUAGCCGAGACUGACGCAGACAGUUGUCGCGUAAGUUUGUCGUGCUCGAUCGGCGACCGGUGGAGAACGAGAAACACGAGUGGCUCGUGCACCAGAGGGAAGCGAACGCGAGGGCCAUCGGCGCAACGACACACCAAAGAAUUCUCCUCGAGCCACUCUUACCCACAUGGUCUGUGUUUUGCUUCACCACCCUCCUCGUCACUCCUACGUGGCUCCCUCUCUACUAUUCACACGAGCGAGACUAGCUCGCGUGUGACAAGGACACGCGAACAUCACCUGGUCUCCUUCGUUGAGAGAGAGAUUGUUGAUUGGUCCUGCGGUGUGUAUAUUUUUCGAGUGCACGAGCCUCAUUAAAGGCUGCAGGUGCCUCGAAGUGUGCUGCUGGCACUUCGUUCUACCCACGGGCUAGUGUUAUGCGUAUCGAUGACUGUGCGAAGUUGCUUUCGUUAUAUAUGAGACGCGUAUGUCGAUGUAGUCACGCUGGAAUUAUCGAAAACAUUGCGCUCCCGGUAUCGCCGCGGUAAUCGGUUGCUACUAUCAUCGAUAGGACCCUUCAAACGUCGACGUUUGGAUUGCAAACACUCAUCGUGUUUGUAACGCUCGAUUAUUACGCGAAGGUACCAAGAUCUAUUGGUUACGUUUAGCCCGCACGUUUCCAACAUCGAAAGUGCAUCAUAGACGAAGCUGGACCAAGAAAGUGGCACAUUGUCAACGAGGCUACUAAUUUCUGAUCGUGGCGGAUAGUUCACGGGUAACUUACUGGUAUGUUGGUGUCACAGUUGUAGGUGAUUGAUAAUAGAGGAGAGUUUAGAACAGGACAACGAAGGGUAGAAUAGAACAGCAGGAUACAGGGGACGUUGAUGCGGAUACAACAGCAUUUCCAUUCCCCGGUGGACUAAUCUGUUCCGCGUCUCAGAGGAAACGGUAAUCGAUACGAUGGAUACGUUCAUGAUAAUAGGUAUCUGCUUCCUGUGCUACGAGAUGUGUCACUUGAUCAGACGUCACGCCAUACCGCAAACGCCGGAGCCUCGCCGCUUGAACCAAGCCUCUACAACACGAUCCCCGAUAUUCUCGAUUUCCCGCAGGUUGCAGAAUCGUCCAGGUGAGCACCAGCAUUAAGUCUCAGGAUGAUCCUUGUCUGUAUCUCCUUUCCUUUUACCAAACUCAUUAUUCGCGUGUGUCACUUGGAAGGAACAGCAACGCGUGAGAUAAAAGUAGUGGAAAAUCUUGAAGAAAGCGCUUAAAAUUCAAGAAACAGCGACAACAAUCGUAACCUACCUCUUGUUAGAGGUUCGAAGUUAUUUAAAUAAAUUCUUGACAUUCGGAUGGUGGGAUAUCCUAAACGAACCAUUUACGGGAGAAGAUUCUGAAUCAAAGCAAGAAACAUCCCUAACGAUUUCAAGUUACGGCCAGUUGUCAGAGAAAAUUUAAACAAAUUCUCGUGGUUCAUAUACACGGACAUUUACACGGUUCAAGAUGGUCGCGUGAUCUUAAUAAAGCGCAGAGCAUUUGUCACGCCCGAACUGUGACGGGUCGUCGUGAUCUUGGAGAACGGGGCUAAUCCGAACCGAAGGACGGAGCGGAAUUCGCGCUCCCCUGACAAAUGUACUUGGACAUGAUGGAGCGCAUUCCGCGUUCAAUCGAUAGAGAGACGACAUAAACGUGCGACGAUCGUUCUCUGGCUCCGUUUAUCGCGAUCAAUGAGAUUCCGAUCAAUCGAACCGAAGAAACCUUAGUGUCAGCUAUCUGUUUGAAGGAUCGAAACUCUGUGUGCGGGGUGUCGAAUUGCUUGUUAAAAUGCGUGCUUGCGCGGAGUCGAAUGAAACCUUUGAACCGCGUGGACAACGAGAAUUCUCUUAUUGCGAGUAUUUCUCGAACUGACAGAAUCCGGAUAUACCUUCCACGAGAAACAAAUUUCAUUGGUUUACCGUCGAACGGAUAUUGUGGAAGGUGGAAGAAUUUCGGUUGAGUCACUGAGAACUCGCGAUUUCACUGCCUGUCUUCGAGGAGUAAACUUGGAGAAACAACUUCCUUUACGCUAGAAUGGGUACUGCUUGGUUCAAGCCGAUUAUAUGAAGAUGCAGCACACGUCAACGAUCCGUGAAAACAUAAGGAAUCAGAACCAGAGUUUGGGAAAUACGGAAUCGAAAAUGUUCUACGUUUAGUCGGUCCCGUACUGCGCUGACUUCAAAUAGUCGUUUGUUAUCGAACGUUUCGAUAUUGAUUGGAAGUUAUCAACGAUAAUGUUAAUGUGAUCGAUUGAUCUGUUGAGGAUUUCAGAAAAUGACAGAUUAGUUCGGUUGUAUGAAGUUGUAUCGAUGAUAUAUACGUAUGUCUAUAGUUCUGAGUGUAUCAGUUACAUAUUAAGAGAAGAAUAAUUGUUGAAAGAUAUUCUGCUGAUUGGAGUUUGAAGAGGAGUAAGAGGUUGGAACGUGCUCGUUGACGAGCGGCUGUUGAUCAAGUUCAGGUUGAACGAAGAAGACACGUCGGACAGAAUCACGAAAAUUGAAGAGAGAUGGACUCGUUAGAGCGACUGAUAAGCUCCGGAUCGCACCAGCCAGCCCUGACGGCCGCCACGAGGUCGCAAAACGCCUUCGUGCAGGCCAACCUUUGUUCCGUGAUCGGCCGGAAGGGUCGUCACUUGACUGGCACGUUUUGCUUAACGGGAGACACGAUGGAGGGCAUAAUACAGUGUCUGGUGUUCCUGAAAGCAUUCUCGCUGGUGGGAGGCGAAUUCGACAUGGAACUCAACUUCGUAAUUCAGGACGCACAGAAUAUCAGGCACAUGCUGGAACUGCUCGAUCAUUGCCCGCCCAAUCUCCAGGCUGAAAUAUGGAGCGUGUUCAUCGCUAUUUUAAGGAAGAGCGUGCGCAACUUACAAGCGUGUACAGACGUAAGCCUCAUCGAACACGUGCUGCUUCGGCUGUCCCGCGCUGAAACUGUCGUCGCAGAUCUACUGAUCGACAUGCUUGGAGUGCUGGCCAGUUACAGUAUAACGGUGAAGGAGUUAAAACUUUUAUUCGGCGCUAUGAAAGCUGUAAAAGGGAAAUGGCCACGACACUCGGCAAAACUGUUAAACGUUCUUCGUCAGAUGCCGCAACGGAACGGACCCGACGUGUUUUUCAGUUUUCCCGGCAGAAAGGGAUCGGCGAUCGUCCUUCCGCCGCUCGCGAAAUGGCCACACGAGAAUGGAUUCACGUUUACCACGUGGUUCCGUCUGGAUCCUAUCAACUCCGUUAAUAUCGAACGAGAAAAGCCGUACCUCUAUUGUUUUAAAACUAGCAAGGGAGUAGGGUACUCCGCGCAUUUCGUAGGGAACUGCUUGGUCCUCACAUCUAUGAAAGUGAAGGGCAAGGGCUUCCAACAUUGUGUCAAAUAUGAAUUCCAACCACGUAAGUGGUACAUGAUCGCCGUAGUGUACAUAUAUAAUAGGUGGACGAAGAGUGAAAUUAAAUGUUUGGUCAAUGGUCAAUUGGCUUCGAGUACCGAAAUGGCGUGGUUCGUUUCGACAAACGACCCGUUUGACAAAUGUUACAUCGGAGCUACACCGGAACUGGAUGAAGAGCGCGUGUUUUGCGGACAAAUGAGCGCGAUUUAUCUGUUCAGCGAAGCUCUGACGACGCAUCAGAUAUGCGCUAUGCAUAGACUGGGGCCUGGAUAUAAGAGUCAGUUUCGUUUUGACAACGAGUGUUACCUGAAUCUGCCUGACAAUCACAAAAGGGUGAGUGAUGAGCCGGAGCUCACGAGCAUGGUGGACCAAAGUAUGCAAACUGUGCUUUACGAUGGUAAGCUGUCGAAUGCGAUUGUGUUCAUGUACAACCCGGUAGCAACGGAUUCUCAACUAUGCUUGCAAAGCGCACCGAAAGGCAACGUCUCCUAUUUUGUACAUACACCACACGCCCUUAUGCUGCAGGAUGUUAAAGCUGUCAUCACGCAUUCCAUUCAUAGCACGUUAAACUCGAUUGGCGGCAUUCAAGUGUUGUUCCCUUUGUUCUCGCAACUAGAUAUGCCUUACGAUUGCAUAGCGCCCAACGAUGUUAAACGAGAUCCAACGUUAUGUUCGAAACUGUUGGGGUUUAUUUGCGAUUUGGUGGAGAGUUCACAAACCGUUCAACAACACAUGGUACAAAACCGUGGCUUUCUAGUGAUCAGCUAUAUGCUGCAGAGAGCGAGCAGAGACCAUCUAACUACGGAAGUUCUCGCGUCCUUUUUGGAGCUCACGAAACAUCUGGUUACCUGUCUCAGCGCUAACAGCGACUUGUUAUUGAAACAGUUGUUUUACUUUUCAUUCCUAACAUGGCAGCUAUUGGACCACGUACUUUUUAAUGCCGCUCUGUGGAUUUAUACACCGGCGCCGGUGCAAACGCGGCUCUAUUCGUACUUGGCCACAGAGUUCCUCAGUGACACCCAAAUAUAUUCAAAUGUAAGGAGAGUCUCCACAGUAUUACAAACAGUGCACACGCUUAAGUACUAUUACUGGGUUGCCAAUCCGCGAGCGAAGAGUGGAAUCACACCCAAAGGACUUGAUGGGCCGCGACCUCAACAGAAGGAUAUUUUGACAAUACGUUCUUAUAUUUUGUUAUUUCUGAAACAACUUAUUAUGAUCGGGAAUGGAGUAAAGGAUGACGAGUUGCAGAGUAUUCUGAAUUAUCUGACGACAAUACACGAGGACGAAAAUCUACACGAUGUUUUGCAAAUGCUUAUAUCAUUAAUGUCGGAGCACCCAUCGUCGAUGGUUCCAGCUUUCGAUGCGAAGCAAGGCGUCAGAACGAUUUUUAAGUUAUUAGCGGCGGAAAGCCAAUUAAUACGUUUACAAGCUUUGAAGUUAUUAGGAUUCUUCUUAAGCCGCAGUACACACAAACGAAAAUAUGAUGUUAUGAGCCCUCAUAACUUGUACACAUUAUUGGCCGAAAGAUUACUAUUGAACGAGGAGACAUUGUCACUACCCACCUAUAAUGUUUUAUACGAGAUUAUGACAGAGCACAUUAGUCAACAGAUCCUUUAUGCCAGACACCCUGAACCAGAGUCCCAUUAUCGUUUAGAAAAUCCAAUGAUUCUAAAGGUAGUAGCGACGUUAAUUCGACAAUCAAAGCAAACGGAGCAACUGUUGGAAGUGAAGAAGCUGUUCCUCUCGGAUAUGACAUUGCUGUGCAACAACAAUCGAGAAAAUCGUCGAACUGUUCUACAGAUGUCUGUAUGGCAGGAGUGGCUAAUAGCCAUGGCCUACAUUCAUCCGAAGAACACGGAAGAGCAAAAGAUCUCGGAUAUGGUGUACUCGUUGUUUCGUAUGCUUCUGCAUCAUGCUAUAAAACACGAGUACGGUGGAUGGCGAGUGUGGGUAGACACUCUGGCCAUCGUGCACUCCAAGGUAUCCUAUGAGGAAUUCAAGCUUCAGUUCGCUCAGAUGUACGAACAUUACGAGAGGCAACGAUCAGAUAACAUUACGGAUCCCGAGUUAAGACAGCAAAGGCCAAUCAGCACUAUCUCCGGUUGGGAUCAACAACAUUCAGGGAAUAAUGGAUAUAGCAAACCAUCACCCUGGGGCAAUCAACAGAACCACGAAGUGCAACAUGUAGAAAGGAAUUACAAGGAGUUCGAUGCAACCGAGAGCAACGACCGUUUGGAAGAGUCCUGCAGCUGCGACUUGAACUCGAUAGACAAUACUGAAAGCGAUGGCAGUCCAGCGAUCAUCAAAUCGCACAGCGAAACCCUGGACACUGCUCAGUCGAGCGAAGCGAUAUCCCUGGACUCCAGACUGAGUGACAAACCAGAAACACCGACAACAGCGCGUGAACUUCAUACGGACACGCCGACAAUUCUCGAAGAAGGAAACAGCGAUGCUGUCUCUAUUCCAACGACUCAGGAGACCAGCGAAGCGAUAUCAAUAGAGAGCUCCAGUGAUUUCUAUAGCGAGGUUCAUAAGAUCGAAGGUUCCAGCCCGGAUUCCUUAGCGGUGCAGGAAGUCCUGAAGAAGGACGACGAUCCUUCAGAACAGAAAUCACAGGAGGAAAUCGUCUCUCAAUUAUCUCCCGUUGAAAAGAUGGAGGAAAGUGUACAAACUAAACAGGAAGACAUUGAACAGAUGGAAGAAACAGCAUCGGUAUCUCAAGACAAUACAGAUGCGUCCGGUACUGGUGUUUCUAGCGUACAGAAGUCGCAAGAUGAUGAAACUGAACCUGAAGGUGAGGUUGAAGCUGAAGCUGAAGCAGAAGCCGAGGCGGAGACCGAAGUUGAAGCUGAGGUUAAAGCUGAAACCGAAGUCGAAGCUAAGGUAGAAGCUGAGGUUGAUGCUGAAACCGACGUUGAAGCUCCUACAAAACAAGUUGAUGAAACGUGUAAAGAAAAAUCAAACGUGGAAGAUAAAGUCACUCCCAGUGAUGAGAUUUCUUCUGACGCGGCAGAGGCUUCCGAAAAAAUGGAACAAACUAGCAAACAGAUAGUAGAGGAAGAUUCCACAGACGUUGUUGUUUCAACGGAACAGAUUGAUUCGGAAUCAGUGCUACCUAUUUCCUCCAGCGAGACAUCAGAGCCAUUGACCAUCAAAGACAUCGAGAAGCUGCAAUUGGAGAAUGAUCGAGAAGUGAUCGACAGCGAUACCUCAGAAGCGUAUUUAACACCGACGGAGAACCAAGACAAUUUGGGUGAUAUAAAGUCGAAGGAGACGGAUAAAAUUGACGACAAUGUUAACGAGGACAUUGAACUCACGGAAAAGACAAGCGUCGACAUUGAGAAUAGCGUUGAAAACGAUACCGAGGAAACCGUGAAAGAUUCCAAUUGCUCAACUAGCGUAAUAGAAAAUAUCGAGACCGGUAAGACGAAGGUAGAUGUAGAAGACAAGAAAGUGGAAACAGUAGUGACUAGUGAGUUAAGUAGUGAGAAAUGCGCCGUGAACUCUGUAACAGAGGACAAAAGUGCUGUUAUUAAUGAUAACGAGGAGAAGGUAACUGAAAAACAUUCAAGGGUGCCGUCCACUAUUUCUACUAACGUAAGUGAUAAUCAGUCAGACAUUCCGGUGAGAACUGAAACCGAGGUAGAAGUAACAGAUAGUGUUUGUAGUAAUAGCGAUAUUCAAAGUUCUGUAGAUAAUGUGACGCAAGUGCCAAAUCCUAAACAGCAAAUUCCAACAAUAUCUACGGUCUGUGAUGCAAAUAAAAAUAUGCCCGACGGUGUGCCUCAAAUCGUUAGUUCUACAGUGGUUGCGAGGGAUAAUUCGUUAUUGAAUGAUUUAACUCCGGAUCACGUAGAUGCUCAUCGCAGAUCCAGCUUACCAGCUGUAUCCACCGAGACAACCACCGAUGAUAAUCUAAACAGUAACGAACCUCCUUCUUUACCCGUACCCUUGCGUAAAACAUCGUCGCCACAGAAACGACCAAGGAGUGCCUCAACGUCCACGCAAGUGGAUCCCAAUCAUUUCGAAUCAAAACGAUCGAAGCAAGGUAAUCCUUCUACAAGACCAAUGUUUAGUCCAGGCCCGACUCGUCCUCCUUUCAGAAUACCAGAAUUCAAAUGGUCUUAUAUACAUCAGAGAUUACUCUCGGAUGUCCUCUUCUCGUUAGAGACAGACAUUCAAGUCUGGAGAAGUCAUUCGACGAAGUCAGUAUUGGACUUUGUAAACAGCAGCGAGAACGCAAUAUUUGUUGUUAAUACUGUUCACCUAAUUUCGCAACUAGCUGACAAUCUUAUAAUUGCCUGCGGAGGAUUGUUACCGCUUCUAGCAUCGGCGACCUCACCAAAUAGCGAAUUGGAUGUAAUUGAACCAACUCAGGGGAUGCCAAUUGAGGUAGCGGUUUCUUUUCUACAAAGACUAGUCAACAUGGCUGAUGUACUUAUCUUCGCCAGCUCUUUAAAUUUCGGUGAACUGGAGGCUGAGAAGAAUAUGUCUAGUGGCGGUAUUCUAAGGCAGUGUUUAAGACUGGUCUGUACAUGUGCCGUUAGAAACUGCUUAGAGUGUAAAGAACGUGGCAGAUCGUACAGCAUGUUAGGUCGACAGAUUGGUUCUAGUAAUAAAUCACAGCACAUACAGUCUCUUAUACGUGGAGCUCAAACAUCACCCAAGAACAUAGUGGAUAAUCUGGCACAUCAAUUAAGUCCUGUAAAAGAUCCAGAGAAAUUGCUGCAAGAUAUGGACGUGAAUCGCUUAAGAGCUGUGAUAUACAGAGAUGUUGAGGAAACCAAGCAGGCCCAGUUUCUGUCCCUCGCUAUAGUUUACUUCAUCUCUGUACUAAUGGUAUCAAAGUACCGUGAUAUAUUGGAACCACCAAUAUCACAGCGGCCACCAAGUCCAGUUCAAACAAUACAGACUAAUGGUGCUAGUUUAAGACCAGGUAGCCCUUCAGCAGAUGGGAAUGGUGGUGGAGGAGGGCGGCCCCUGUUUCCACAGUGGUCUCACCACGUGUACCCACAGUUCCUCCCGGGAUCUCACCCUAACGCCAAUGCGAAUGUCAAUGCCAAUGCCAACCACCAUAUGAACCAGCACCACCACCAGCACCCGCUACCGGCUGCCAGGCACUCUAAUCGCCAGCCCCCCUCCAACUAUUAUCUCCCGAAUCACCACAGUAAUCAUUACAACCAUCAUCCGAAUAACCAUAACUAUCAUCGGCAUCAUCAUUACCAUCAUCAUAAUAACAACAAUCACCAUCAUACGCUUCAAAAGCAUAUCGAUCAGCCCCGAAAUCUCUGUCAUAGAAACUCCGGUGUUGGUCUGCAAGGAAGCGGAGGUAUAAUGAGCCAAGCUGGUUCUCAAGAUGACGGUGAAUACGAAGUGAUAAUCGUCGACGAGAACAAUUCGUCGAUCUUGGCAGAUCACGACGUUACGUCGUCAGGCCCUCCAUCAACGAAGGGAGGUCACAGUGGUGUACCUCGGCCACGGACAAUUCUCGAGGAUUACACCUCGUCAGAACCAACGCUUGGCUCUUCGACAAGACCUACUGAACCACUGCCACGAAAUGUCCAGAGCAACGACUCCAGCGAAGAAACGGUGCAUCGUAGCAAUAUUACCGCGGAUGCCAGUCCUUCCGAGGUUGCCACGGAUAAUGAGAACAAACACAACUCGUCCGAGGAAGCUUGGACCGACGUAAAUCUUAACGAAGACGGAGACACGAUCCCAAUGACGAAUCAAAGGGAAGAUCCGCGAAAUAUUCACAACAUGGCGCACACUCGCGGUGAGAUUCAAGAUAGCGAAGGAAACGUUCUGGAGCAAGGGAUGCUAAGUAACGCGGAACGCGGCGAGAAACCUUCCGGGGAAAUCUCAGUGGUUCGCGUAUCGGAUAGAUUGGUGAUGACUUCCGCGUCGCCACGUCCGGACGAGUUACCGAUCAAGGGACUGGUCGACCAUCUUCCAGUUCCAACACCAUCGCGCGAGGCGUCGCUCACGCAAAAAUUAGAAAUGGCAUUGGGUUCUGUUUGCCCGCUUUUGCGGGAAAUCAUGGUGGACUUUGCCCCUUUCCUCUCGAAAACUCUUGUCGGCUCCCACGGACAAGAAUUGCUGAUGGAAGGCAAAGGUAGGACUCGACUGACCACCUUCAAAAACAGCAAUUCCGUGGUGGAAUUGGUGAUGCUACUUUGUUCCCAAGAAUGGCAGAACUCCUUGCAGAAGCACGCAGGCCUGGCUUUCAUCGAGCUCAUUAACGAGGGAAGGUUACUGUCUCACGCGAUGAAGGAUCAUAUAGUGCGAGUGGCCAACGAGGCUGAGUUUAUCCUGAACCGUAUGAGAGCGGACGACGUGCUCAAGCAUGCCGACUUCGAGUCGCAAUGCGCGCAAACAUUGCUCGACCGACGAGAAGAGGAACGAAUGUGCGAUCACUUAAUCACGGCUGCACGGAGACGAGACAAUGUUAUUGCCAGUAGAUUGUUGGAAAAGGUCCGUAAUAUCCUGUCGAACAAACAUGGUGCUUGGGGAUAUAUGGAUCCAAUGGCUGCAAAAUUGGCCGAAUACUGGAAGCUAGAUGCUUGGGAGGAUGAUGCACGUAGACGUAAGCGUUUCGUGCACAAUCCACUAGGCUCGAGCCAUCCCGAAGCUACACUGAAGGCGGCCCUCGAACACGGUGCACCCGAGGAUGCGAUUCUGCAAGCGCGUGAAGAGUUUCACGCGCAUCUCGCAGCCUCGCGUGCACAUCAACAGCAAUUGCAGUCGGCGGAUCUGAUGGACGACAGUGAGCUGUUGUCGGACGACAGAGACCUCGAUAACGAUCUGACAGGCCCGGUGAACAUCAGCACGAAAGGAAAAUUGAUCGCGCCCGGUAUCGUGGCUCCUGGUAUUAUCUCCGUGACGUCCGCGGAACUGUACUUCGAGGUGGAUGAGGACGACCCAGAGUUCAAGAAGAUUGACAGUGAGGUGCUCAAGUAUUGCGACCAUUUGCACGGGAAAUGGUACUUCUCGGAGGUGCGCGCGAUAUUCUCGCGCCGUUAUCUGCUCCAGAACGUCGCCAUCGAGAUCUUCUUGGCCAGCCGAACCUCGAUCCUGUUCGCGUUCCCGGACCAGAUGACGGUGAAAAAGGUGAUCAAGGCGCUACCGCGAGUCGGCGUGGGCAUCAAAUACGGGAUUCCGCAGACUAGGAGAGCGUCGAUGAUGUCACCUCGACAACUAAUGAGAAGCUCUAAUAUGACGCAAAAGUGGCAGCGCAGAGAAAUAUCCAACUUCGAAUAUCUCAUGUUUUUGAAUACCAUUGCUGGUCGAACUUACAAUGAUCUGAACCAGUAUCCUGUGUUCCCUUGGGUGUUGACUAAUUACGAGACGAAAGAACUCGAUCUCAGUCUGCCUAGCAACUAUCGUGAUUUAUCAAAGCCAAUCGGAGCGUUAAACCCAAGUAGAAGAGCUUACUUCGAGGAACGCUUUCAAAGUUGGGAGCAUGACAGUAUACCGCCGUUCCACUAUGGCACACAUUACUCCACAGCUGCUUUUGUUUUGAACUGGAUGAUACGUGUGGAGCCCAUGACAACGAUGUUCUUGGCUCUACAAGGUGGCAAAUUCGAUCAUCCGAAUCGGCUGUUCUCCUCGAUCGCUCUAUCUUGGAAGAAUUGCCAACGCGACACUUCGGAUGUCAAGGAAUUAAUUCCGGAGUUCUUCUUCCUACCGGAAAUGUUGGUGAACAGUAAUCGCUAUCGCUUAGGUAGGCAAGAAGAUGGUAGUGUAGUUGGUGACGUUGAAUUACCUCCGUGGGCAUCGUCCCCGGAAGAAUUUAUACGAAUCAAUCGAAUGGCUCUAGAGUCAGAAUUCGUGUCCUGUCAAUUACACCAGUGGAUUGAUUUAAUAUUUGGCUACAAGCAGAAAGGUCCGGAAGCUGUUCGAGCAACGAACGUUUUCUACUAUUUAACGUACGAAGGUAGCGUGGAUCUAGAUACGAUAACCGAUCCAGUUAUGAGAGAAGCCAUAGAAAAUCAAAUUCGAAACUUCGGUCAAACACCCUCGCAACUUUUAAUGGAACCGCAUCCUCCGAGAAGCUCGGCGAUGCAUUUGAGUACCGCGAUGUUUGACAAGACGUUGCCAACCGUGUUGCAGUCGCCGAUGAUGUUUUCGAGUAUCCCAGACGAUGUGUGUAUGACCAUCAAAUUCCCAUCGAACUCGCCGAUCUGUCAUAUUUCGGCUAACACGUAUCCUCAAUUACCUUUACCAUCCGUCGUAACAGUCACUACUGGUCAGCAAUUUGCUGUCAACAGAUGGAACACCAACUACGCAGCAUCUGUGCAAUCGCCAAGUUACGCAGAUACUCCACAAGCACAAGCUGCUAAUCAACCAUUGUCUAUGGAUCCUGUUCUGUCUCAAGCAGCGAAUAGUCCGAAUCCCACGUUACGUCGUCACUUGGGUGACAAUUUCAGUCAGAAGUUGAAGAUAAGGAGUAACUGCUUCGUCACUACAGUGGAUAGUAGAUUCUUGGUUGCGUGUGGUUUCUGGGAUAAUAGCUUCCGCGUAUUUUCUACUGAAACUGCAAAAAUCGUACAAAUAGUGUUCGGUCACUAUGGAGUUGUUACAUGUUUGUCACGUAGUGAGUGCAAUAUCACUUCUGAUUGCUACAUAGCAUCUGGAAGUGCCGAUUGCACGGUCUUGUUGUGGCAUUGGAAUGCCAGAACACAGACGAUUGUAGGUGAGGGUGAAGCACCAGCACCUAGAGCAACCCUUACGGGACACGAGCAACCAGUGACUGCUGUUGUCAUUUCGGCUGAACUGGGCUUGGUCGUUUCUGGAUCUUAUUACGGACCAGUUCUUGUACACACAACUUUCGGUGAUCUUUUAAGAUCAUUGGAAGCACCAAAUGGAUUUUCUUCGCCUGAAAAUAUUUCAAUGUCGCGAGAGGGUGUCAUCGUUGUAAAUUACGAACGUGGACAUAUAGCAGCUUUCACUAUAAAUGGAAAACGACUUCGUCACGAGUCUCAUAAUGAUAAUCUUCAGUGUCUACUCCUCAGUAGAGAUGGCGAGUACUUAAUGACAGGUGGUGAUAAACGAAUUGUAGAGGUGUGGAGGACGUUCAAUCUAGCUCUUCUCUAUGCAUUCCCAGCUUGUGAAAGUAGCGUACGUUCUCUGGCACUUUCGCAUGACCAAAAGUUUCUUCUAGCUGGUCUGGCCAACGGGUCGAUCGUGAUCUUCCAUAUCGACUUUAAUAGAUGGCAUCACGAGUUCCAGCAACGCUACUGAGACUGUUUCGCGUACGUCUAGCAAAGUCGAACGAGACACGAACGUAGUUCAUCUGUCGUUCGUCUUCCUUGUACAACAUCGACAGAUUUCUCUCAGUCAUGUAUGAGUAGGAACGGUAACAUCCACUCAAAAGUCAGUUUCGCAACAUCCGAUCGUGUGUGCAAUUCCAUUCGAACAGAUCUACGAUUUGAUCGCAACGUAUCGAAUUUGAAGAAAAGGAAACCGCAUCGUGCAAUAACGCGAGGAUUGGACAAAGCGUUCAUCGACUAUCUCAAUCGUUCAAAAUAAAAAAAGAAAAAGGAAAAAAAAAGGAAAAAACGAUUUCGAGCAUGGUGAACGAACUCUGAUCCUCUAGUGUUUACAGAUAGGAGCAACGAGCAACGACGCUUUCGUAAUCGUUUAUUACAAUCAAGUAGUGGGCGCAGAGAACAGUAGUCGCCGAGCAGCAGGUAUACUUAUGAUAUUCAGCGUUUUAGCAAUAAACAAAAGAAAAAAAAUAAUAUUCGCUUUCUCGCGAUUCUAUGGGAGAAUAUUCGAGUGCUUCCGUGAGAUGACGCGUGCGAACCGAUUGACCAUGCUUAAGUGCACUAAGGUUGAAGCGAAGUUUCGAGCACGGGGGAACUGGCCAGGCUCGAGCACGCGUUAUUCUACGAUUUCGAUUGGUAUCGAUACUUGCCUCGAGAUUUCUAGCCAUGCAAAAACCGAGAGAGAGAAAGAAAGAAAGUAUCCACGAGGACUCAACAAAGAAAAGAGAAAUAGAUACGAACCGCAUCAUUCCCUCUCUCUCGAACCGCUAGUCAAUUACGAAUACAUUCAAAUUUAUCUGUACGCUUGCGAAUACUCGAAGGCCGAUUCUCUCGACUCACACCGUUCGAGGGUGCGUGGCGCAAUGAUGUAAUCGUGAUCAGAUCCUCGGACAGUAAACUCGCAACGACGUAAUCGCGAGUAUCUCUGUGUGGCAUGCCGUAACCACGUUAUGUUUCUAUUUCUCGUACGAAAGGAACAUGAGCGUGGUUAUGGUCCUCCGGUGACACAUGUCUAGUGCUAGAGUAACGUCCCGUGUAAAUACGAUUAUCUCUACGGCGUAUAAAUAUACAUAAAAUAUAUUAUAUAUUAUAUAUUAUAUACGUACACGGAUAAUUUCGUGUUAAGGUGUCGAGCGAAUGAGCGACAGAUGAGGGAGAGAAUUGUAUUUCUGCGCUGAUGUCGUAAUUGCUGCUCGUGAUAAUGAGACACUUUUUGGCUAAGCACUUAGUGAGUUCAGUUUUACGAGACAUAGGACCGUAAACGACACACGUACACGUGUACUUAAAACACAAUUCCCCCUAUAGAUCCCUUCACAAAAGACACAUCUUCAAAUCUUUACACGUUUGCACAAAAAGGCACUUUCGCAGGGACGAUCCACGCUUUUUUCGCAGAGCCGUGCACUGGGUUGCCCCAAUCUCGAGGAAUACCCACUCAUACACACAAGCACAUACACACAUACAAUAUAAUACUAUUCACCGUAAUCGUUACUAUCAUCCCGCAAACACUUCCUAUUCCCCAAUAUUCACGUCCUUCGAAAGAGAUCCUAAUUUUUUAUCAAAGCCGUCCAGCUUAACUUUUUGCGAGGAUAUUUCUUGGUAUUUUCGCACGCGAUGUAUAAUUAAUCAGCAGAGACGAAGAAUUAUUAAUAGGCUUUAAAACGAGCGAGUCUGAAUCACGUGGAUUUACCCGAAUUCGUUGACGUCGAUCCUAUAGUGAUUGCUAGAGAUCGACGUCGUUCGUGUGUGAGCGUGUCGCCCGUAUGACGAUUCGAAUGGGACAGAAAAAGGCUAGGGUUGCACCUCGUGAACAAUUGCAAGAUCAAAGAACGAAAGAAACAAAGAUAAAUGUGUAAAUGCAAAGAUCGGUCAAAUUGGAUGGAUCAUCGAAGAAGUAGGAGGAAAAUGUAGGACGAAUUUUUCGAGAAAUAACAAUAUCGCGAAUGAUCCAUGCGACUCUCGUCUACUCGUCGUUUCGCUGUAUCACGAAUGCUAGUCACUCUUUCUUGGAUAAAAAUCGGUGUUCAUCACUGAACUAAAGAAAACGCGUGUGUGCACAGCUUUUAUUGUUUACGAUUGAUAUUCGAUCGGCAUAAAAUGUCGUUCACUUUCUAUGGUAUAGUAUGCUAGCGAAUCGCUUUUAUCCAAUGGAUCAAUGAUUGUUCUUUUUACACGCACGCUUGUUAGUCAUCUCGGUAGAUCGGAAUGUGUUUCUCUUCGGUAACGAUCAGUGACGUGAUAUUAAAGUCAGACGGUAUUCGUAAACGAAGGAAUGAAAAGUCAGGGGCAAGAGUGGCGAAGAAACGGUGGACAAAGUGUGUGAGGGCGCGAAAAGAGGUUGGCGUGAAAGGAAAGGUGGCGUAAGUGAGAAUAAUCCGGAACGUGAGUUUUGUGGCCACGUCGGUAAUCGUCGCGACGUGAUAUCUCGCGAGUCUACACAGUGGCGUUCGAUAGGAUAGAGACUUAAUUUCGAUACGAUUCUGUGCGAUUACCACGCGGAAAGUACUUAAUAUUAAAGAAAGACAAAUUAAUCACGAUGGAUUACGAGAAUGUAUUCUUAAAAUAGAAAAAUUGUCCUGAAUUACGAUAUAAGAUGUAAACGUCUCAGGAUGCAUCUAGUCAAGAUUCGCGACGAGAAACGUGGCGGAUUACCGAUGGAUCCCGAAUUUCUUAGAUGUCGAUACACUUAAAAAAAAAAAAAUAAUCAUAUUACAGUACCGUCUACAUGGUAGAUCUAAAGUAAGUGCAUGGUGCCGUCGUUUUAGCGAUCAAUCACUCUUGAGCUUGCGAAACAAACAAACAAAGAAGAAAAAAAAAAAGAUGUCACGAUGUAAAGUUGUAAUAACGAUUUAUCAUAAAAGUUUUAGUGUUGGUUCUUGUAUCAUGCACCCGGUUCGCUGCCGGUCUCGUUAAUCGUACAAUUUAUACACGCAUAGGACAAUGUUACGUGUGCAACAACGUGUUAAACAAUGGUAUUAUCGCUACUAUUCGUUAUGGGCGUGCUUAUUGCAUGAUUGUUCGUGUUGUUUUGUUCACGUGGGGAAAGAGAAAGAGAGAAUGUGUAUGAGAAAGCUUGCUAGCUAAAUAGAGGGAGAAAAAGGAGAAAUGAAAGAAAUAGGAGGAAUAAAUGCGCACGUUUGCUGUAUGCGUGUGUGUGCAUGUGUGCGAGAAAGGGAAUCGUGUCUGGUGCUUUGGAUAAUGUUAAUUUCUCGCGUACACGUGGUGAUAGCUUGUCACGCGUGCAACUGUUCACACAUUGUACUUAAUGUACAGUCCGCGUAUUAUCGACACCUUAUUUUCGCUACAAUGGAAUUAGGAAUGGGCAAAGGGAAAUAUGAAAAUGGGUAAAAAAAGAGAGAAAAAGAAGACAGAAAAGAAGAAACAUACGUGUCAUUCUGGCUGUAUUCUCUGCUUCUCACAUAGUGUUUUUCAAUCGAAUUUAAAUCUCUUCGAAGGUCGAGAAAAAGGAGAUUUGAACAAGUUCUUUCGAACUUCCCAAAUUUGAAAGAUUUGUGAGAAAUUAACACGUCUGCACAAAAAUAAACAUUUAACAAGUGCGAAGCAGCGUAAUCAGUGAGAAUGUACCGUGAUAAACGAAACCAAGAACUUAAAAAAGGAGGAUAAGGAAAACAAAAUGAUAUGAGAGAACGAGUGAAAAAACAAAACAAAAAAAGAACAAAAAGAUUUUAAAAAGAGGACUUUUUAUAUUUGUUUAUAGGUGUGUGAGAAUGCUACACUUUUCGAGCAAGUUGUUAGUAAAUUCCCUCCAUAUUGCUAUAUAUAUAUAUAUAACAUUAUAUAUAUAUAUAUAUUAAAAAAUAUAUAUAAAGGAAGUUAACAAAAAAAAAUAAAUUUUCUGUCCGUACUCGAACUUCGGUACACGUAAGAGUAACGCUACUAUUUUAAAUAACGCUAAGUACAACGCUACAACAAAGGUUUGCCUAUAUAAUUAUUAUUACAACUACACUUUAUUCUCAUUAUUAAUUCAUAUGGUUAUUAUUAAUUACCAUUACUAUGAUUACGAGGUAUAAUUGAUUAGUGUUCUUGACAUCACACGCGUUUGUGAAUGCAUUUUGACAUGUAUACUUAUUAAGAAAUAUUAUAAUAAUUGAAUCGGUAGACGCGAACGAUACAAAAGAAAAAGCGAGCACGAAGAAGGUAAAAUAAAAAAAAAGAAACAAAGAUUUGUACAAUUCGAGAACGAGUUAGGGUUCGUCCGAUGGUUUCCAAAUCGAGCCAAGAAAAGACGAUGUUUGCGUUAUUUACCGUGAA